UCCAGGGAUCGUAGAUUUAAUGUAGCAAAACUUGGAUCAGUUUGUUAGUUAUUUCCUCUUCGUCAUGGAUUUUUCCUACACAACACAUAAAAAUACCUUCAUGGCUCCCAUAUUGCUGCUCCUUGUACUGUUGAUGCCUGCUCUACAAAUGACAGGUGCACAAUCUGUGGGUGUCUGCUAUGGACGAAAUGGCGACAAUUUACCUACUGAUACAGAAGUCGUUGAUCUGUACAAAAGCAAUGGAAUUGGAAGGAUGAGGAUAUACGAGCCAAACCAAGCAACCUUGGAGGCCCUUAAAGGUUCUAACAUAGAACUCAUAGUCACCAUCCUCAACGACCGUCUUCAAGAGCUCACUGAUGCUGCAGCAGCUACAAAUUGGGUCCAGCAAAAUGUGCAACCUUACUCGGCUGAUGUCAAAUUCAAGUACAUUGCUGUUGGCAAUGAAGUACACCCUGAUGCUGCAGAGGCCCAAUAUCUUCUUCCUGCCAUAAAGAACAUUCAGAACGCGGUUACAGCCGCCAAUCUACAAGUCAAAGUGUCAACAGCAAUAGAUACAACUCUUACCCAAAACUUCCCUCCUUCUAGUGGGGCAUUCAGCGAUGCUGCGAAUUCAUUCAUUACCCCAGUUAUCACCUUUUUAGGCAACAAUGGAUCACCACUUCUUGCCAAUAUAUACCCCUACUUCGCCUAUAUCGGUAACCCUGCUGACAUAAAACUAGAGUAUGCCUUGUUCACUUCACCAGGGGUAGUGGUACAAGAUGGUAGUAAUGGGUACCAGAACCUCUUUGAUGCUUUGUUGGAUACUCUUUACUCUGCUCUUGAAAAAGCAGGGGCACCCAAUAUGGCGAUAGUUGUAUCCGAGAGUGGUUGGCCAUCUGCAGGUAGUGAUGCUGCAACUACUGGUAAUGCAGGAACAUACUACAGCAAUUUGAUCAAGCAUGUGAAGACCGGGACUCCGAAGAGGCCUAAUGGAGGUAUCGAAACUUAUCUGUUUGCCAUGUUUGAUGAAAACCUCAAGACUGGUGACGAAGUUGAGAAACAUUUUGGUCUCUUCUCCCCUAACAAACAGCCCAAGUACCAACUCACCUUUGGCUAGUGCAGCCUCACAAUCAUCUUUUAGUUAAAUAAGAGUGCCUUGCGCCCAUGUAUGCAUGUGAUACAAAUACAAUACAAUAAGGAUACACAGCCUCAUCAUAAAUUUCAGGCGACGGUGAACUUUCUAA